ACCAUAGGGUGGGGUGGAACAAGCGUCACCUUAGCAACGGAGAGACUUUAGCUAGCACUCCGAACAGGCUAAAUGUACUGUAUCUUCGAAAAAUAUAGACUUCUGAAAACAGAGUCGGAUGUACUGUUUUAAGACAGGAUGGCUGCAAACAACCCGUCUGUGUUUCUUCUCUCGGUGAACGGACAGAUUGAGGGAGCGAAUUUUCCGAGUUAUGACGAUUUGUACUGCAAAUACUGCUUUGUUUACGGCCAAGACUGGAUGCCCACUACUGGUUUGGAGGAAGGUAUCACUCAAAUAACAUCUAAAGGCAGUCAAUCGUCACACAAAUUGAUAUGGAACUUCCCACUGGACAUCACUUUUAAGAGCACAAACCCUUCGGGAUGGCCUCAACUUGUGCUGAGUGUGUAUGGACCAGACAUGUUUGGCAACGAUGUGGUCAGAGGCUAUGGAGCAACACACAUCCCGUUAACACCUGGAAAUCAUACACGGACCCUGCCCAUGUUUGUUCCUGAACCCACAUGGAGACUUCAAAAGUUCACCAGUUGGCUUUGGGGACGUCGACCAGAGUACACAGACCCGAAAGUGGUAGCCCAGGGUGAAGGGCGAGAAGUGACGCGGGUUUGUUCCCAAGGAUUUGUGACUGUCUGCUUUAACAUCAUCAUGAAGGACAUGAAGAAACUGGGCUAUGAUUCUGGACCAUCAAAUUCCUCAAACACACAAUCUUACGGCACCACAUCUGGCUGGUCCGCGGAUGAAACGUGACCAUUUCUAGUGUCCAUCCUAACGCUCUGGUUAUGAUUACGACAACACGUCGAAAUUAUGGUAACUGUCCUGUUUAUAUUCAAAAUUUGUUUGAUGCAAAUGUCUUUGUAAAUGGCUUUGUUACAUAUUCCAUCAUUUGUAUUUUUAUAUUUUUACAUAAAGUUUGACUUUACAGAGA